UGCUACACAAAGAAGAAAGCUGCGUAACAGUCAGGAAGUGAACCUGUGUAAACACAUUUCCACACUGGGAGUUUUCUUACUUAAAACAUGUAUUACUCGAGUUUCCAUGGUUUUAUCAUCGUAGAACAUUGUUGUUGAACUCGGAGACUCUUCUUAGGGGUUCAGUGUUGUUGGCAAAGAAGAUGUGACGAGACGUAGAGGAGUUUUCACAGUUGUAGUUUAAUGUAUAUUACUGAAGAAUCCAGCUCUUCAUCUAUAGCUAGCCUUUCCAUUUCUGUAUCUUUGUAUGAGCAGCUACAGAUGUUUGUUCACCACAGUUGUACCAAGGACCAGUGAGAGGACAAACCCGGCUGAUCUUAAAACCAUGUUGUCAGUGUGGUUCUGGUUUGGAUCAGAUCGUCCUGGUUUCUGUGUGGGAACCUGCUCAUGGAUAAUCCUCAUGCUGCUGCUGUAUGCUGGUGGCAUCCAGGGGAGUCUCAGCCUGGGUCCAAAUGGAGACUUCCCAAGGCUCAGGGAUGUGUUCCUGUACGCCCUCAGUCAUGAUGAGCUGCCCUCUCUGCUGGUCAGUGUUGCUCUCCUGCUGCUGUGUGGACCCUGUCAGGAGCAUCGAUGGGGAACAGUCGCCUUCCUUGCCCUCUCCAUCCUGACCAUGACCAUAUUACCUCUUCUCUACACCCUGGUCCUCUUCAUCGGUGGCGGAGAGGCGAGUAGGAUCUGUGGUUACUCUGCCAUUCAGUUGGCUAUGCUCACAGCGCAGUGUUGUCAGGUGAAGCAGAGGAGGGUGCUGAGGUUUUUUCCAGUCUGGUUUCUUCCCUGGAUCAUUCUGCUGGCUGGGUUACUGCUGCUGCCGUCAACACCUGCCCUGCUCCACUUUUGCGCAAUAUGCAUCGGACAUAACUAUCGCCUGCCCUUCAUUGGGACAUUACAGGAGCUGGAGGAGGCCAGGGUCUUGGACCUCAUUCCUAAUUGGGCAUAUGUGUCCACAUCAGCGAGGUUCAGAUUACCCACCUACACUUCCUCACAGAGAUUCCUGUCUCAGAUAACACCUGUUGAUAAGGCUGCUGCUCCCCCCAUGAGGGACCAGUCCACCCUGAACCACCAAUCCUGGGGCCAGCCGGUUCCUGCCUGGAUGAUAGAGCAGGUUCCAGCAAUGUCUGAGGCAGAGGUUUUGGAGGAGCAGAUGCUAAGGGCAGGGAUACUGGCCUCAUUACAGGAUGCUCCUGAUGACCCUGAUGCAAAAGUGGAAGUUCCUAAAUCAUCAGUCUCCUCAUUGCGACUCCAGCAGCUGGAGAAGAUGGGCUUCCCCACAGAGAAAGCUGUUGUGGCAUUAGCAGCCUCAAAACAGCUAGAUGGCGCCAUCUCUUUGCUUAUUGAUGACAGUGUAGGGGAACAAGCUGUUGUGGUUUCAAAGGGGAAGAGCCCUCUGCCUCCACAGAGCACCUAGAUGACCUCACACUCCCGGACUGAGUCUGUGAUAGUAUUUGCACAUAUGCAGUAAACUUAACAUAAAUAAUGCUUGGGUUUUGCUGAGCUUCAACAUGGUUUUAUUUUCCCUGUGGGCCUCUUGUUGAAUUGUUUUAAUGAUCAGACUGUGAGUUUCAUUCAGUGUAAAUGCAAUGUGAUGAUCAGACAGAACUUCUGUAUCUACACAUAAAAUGCACAUUGGAGAGAGUGGAUGUAAUUUAUCAACAUUGUGAUGGUGUGUGAAAAAACAUUGUUGAAACACUAAUGAAGAUUUGACACAAUUAAAAAAAAAACAAUAAACAUUAUUUUAUUACACCGAUCAUCUGGACAGGAUUAUUUUAACACAAUAACACAUUUGCAUGAAAAAAAAUGUUCAAAAAUAUGAAAUGGUUACACAACAGCAUACAAAAUAAACUACAAAUGAUCAUUUUUUAAAUAGUUUCACAAUAAGUUUGAUAUAAGAUGAAAGAACAAUUAUCAAGUCUUUUCAUCAGGACAGUUUAAGCAGUUUACCAACACAACAGUGGUAAAAACAGGUUCAAGUUCCAGUAACAGUUUUGCUAUUUUCUUGUGUGUGUGUUAAUAGAUGGUGAAAUGGACAGUCAGAAUGCAACAUCAUGAUUGUUUCAAUUGAUAUGCAGCCAAAUUUAAAUGCAAAUAUUGUGCAUUUGCACAGAUUAAAUGUAAAUAUAUUACUGUUUGUUGAUCCACUUCAUCCGUGUGGACUUUAAGGGGGAAAAACACUCACACCAGAAAACCACAAAUCACUGUCAGCAACAUGUAUCUCAGUUAGAGUAGAGAUUACUUCAUUUUUUAGUGCACUACAUAACAUUGAGUUAAACAAUAUGAUAGAAGUAUAACAAAAAUUAAUACGAGAAGAAGAGGUUUGUUUAUGUAAUUGUGUCCUGCAAACUGCACAUGCUCAAUAUACUUAAAUAAUGGAAUCUCAUCAAGUUGCAGUUACAUACUUGAAAGCAAUACAAACUCAAAUCCAGUCUCUUUGCUCACAUCUGAUUCAUCCUUCAAAUUAUUACUCUAAAUGACCCUUAUUGUCCAGAACUGUGUGCACUCGAGGAGCACAUCAGAUCAUCCUUUUUCUUUUUCAAACAUAUUCUGAGGCUUCAGUUCUGUAGCCAAAGAAAAUGAGACACAGAGAGGGGGGCUGCUGGGUGUAUUGUGUAUAGAUAAAGAUAGAGUGUAGUUAUGGCAACAGGUGGGUGGGUGGGGGGUCAAACUAGUUCUCCAGUUCCCGAUAGAGGAGGAGUAUUGUGGAGUAUCAGUGAAGUUUCCCUGAGGUGU